GUGAUUCGCGUCCUCUGAAAAGCACGUGGGAAGGCGGAAAGAAGGAACCUCCGGGGCAGAAUGCUGCAAAGGAUAGCGCACCGGUUGCAGUUGGGAUACCAUGUCCUCUCUGUGGCUCGGAGCGUCCACCAGUCUCCCAAGAGUUACAUCCCCCUCAUCCCCAUUGUAGUGGAACAGACGGGCCGUGGUGAGCGAGCCUACGACAUCUACUCCCGCCUUCUGAGAGAGCGCAUUGUCUGUGUGAUGGGCCCGAUUGAUGACAACAUUGCCAGCUUGGUCAUUGCUCAGCUGCUCUUCCUGCAGUCGGAAAGCAACAAGAAGCCCAUCCACAUGUACAUUAACAGCCCAGGUGGAACGGUGACAUCAGGGUUGGCCAUUUAUGACACCAUGCAAUACAUCUUGAAUCCCAUUUGCACAUGGUGCGUGGGGCAGGCAGCCAGCAUGGGCUCUCUGUUGCUGGCGGCAGGGUCACCGGGCAUGCGCCAUUCCCUGCCCAAUUCCCGCAUCAUGAUCCAUCAGCCCUCAGGUGGGGCACGGGGCCAGGCUACGGACAUUGCCAUCCAGGCAGAGGAAAUCCUCAAGCUGAAGAAACAGAUCAACCUUCUCUACGCCAAACACACCAAGCAGAACCUGGAUGUGAUUGAGGCUGCCAUGGAGAGAGAUCGUUACAUGAGCCCAGUAGAAGCCCAGGAAUUUGGCAUCUUGGACAAGGUGCUCGUCCAUCCUCCGCAUGAUGGAGAAGAUGAGCCAGAGCUGGUACAGAAAGAGGUUCCCCCUGCACCUGCUCCCUCCCCUUCCUCAGCAGAGCCCUGAGGGACCCACGGCCUCAGUUUGAAAGCUGGUUGUGAUGGGGAUUAUUCCAGCAACACCAAUGCCCUGAAGUGGUUGGACUCCUUGGAAUUGCCGGGGGAUGUCAGUCUUCAUGGACCUCCUCUUCAUGAGUGCUCCACCAGUAGAUGGUCACCUGUCUUUCUAGGAGCUGGUCUCUUUGUCUUCUGCUUUUCAGCAAGCUGUUUUCUCCCCACAAUUGCAGCAUUGUUUAAUCGAGUGAUGGAUUUAAAUUAAACGUUGACCUCUGUGA